UUUGAAAUAUUGAAAAGGGACAUCGGAUUGCUAAGACAAUGGAGCCUUCUCCUAAGAAAUCAAAACCUAAUACCCCUGACAAGAAAAUCUUGAUUCGUUUGAGUGAUGCAUUCAUUCGUACUGAUGGGAAAAUUAUCUGCCCUGUCAUUAAAGCUCAAAACUCUAUUCGUGUUCUAUACAAGCUCGAUAAAGAUCAGUUAAUAGAAAUAUUACGAGAUGUAGGAUGGGCAACUGGAUUGACUUAUCAACGUGUUGACUUGAAAACAUUCACAGCCAGAGAGAUUGAGGGCAAUCUAUUCAUUGAAUAUUUGUCUUUCAAAAGCAUUGUUGAGAAGAAAAAACUGGAUGAAUUCAAAAGAAACCUCCUAUCUAAAUUAUCAGAGGUUUUGGAAGUAAAAGAUAUUGUAAUAGAUGAAGUGAAGGACACCAAUGAAAUUAUCCCACAGCCAUUCAUUUCAGAAGCCGACUUUGAAUUGCACAAAUUAACUUUGUGCUCCAAUGAAAUAUCUGAUAUAUCAGAUGAGUGUGAAGAUAGAAUAGAUUUAUUCAUUGCUGCACACAACAUCAAAGCAGAACUCGAAGAUUUGAAAGAAGAUUAUACCAAAUUUGCGGUUCUCUCUCAGAAUGGAAAAGGAAAAAGUUUUAUCCUUAACCUUCUGAUGCUACUGACAGCUGAUAAUGAGGCCGAAUAUCGGAAAAAUAAUGAAUAUUUAAAGCUACCACAGGACAUUCCACAAGAUACUCCAAUACACCUGAUAUGUGAAACUGAAUUUAAUCUUCCAGAUGUGGUAAAAGACUUUGUUAAAGCUGUUGAAAACAAGAAGUUAGACUUUCAGACAAUACUUUCUCCUAUCUGCCACCAACUUCAAAAUGUAGCAGAGUCCAAGUCUAAUGCAUCAUUGAAAUCUCUCGAAAACAUUCGCAACUAUUUUUCCAAAAAGAAAAGACUUGAGUUAGAGGCAUACAUUCUUCCUCAGAAGGAAAUACAUGGCAGCUAUGAAUCUACAACAAAGUGCAUCAUUCACUUGCGAUAUGGAAUGGUUUACCAAAUGAGUGUACAGUACUUUGAUGCUAAAGAACUUCAAGAACAACUUUUUGAGCUGGUAACAUUCGACAAAGAAGACAAAAGCAGUGACAUAAAUGAAGAUGUGAAUGAGAAAGCUCAGGAAUGCUUAAAGGCCAGAUUUAAAAUUCUGACUGGACAGGACUAUAAUGCUAAGGAAAUAUUUAGGUCUCCUGAAGAAAUUGUGCUUUCUGGUGAAGUUAUGCAGUUUGCAGGAAAAACUGAGUUAUAUUUUGGAAAAGGGAAAAAUUCCGCUCAAGAACGUCUUGCUUUGCAGGCUAUUCUUAAGGACCUAACAAUAUCUCAAGACGAAGAUGACAAUGAACCCAUUACAAAAAUUGCUGCUGUCAAAAAGAUUGUUGUCUAUUUGCCCAGCAAAAUAUUACAUGGAGGAAAAGAGAUUUUAGAAAUGCCAGGAACCGACGAUUCCGACCCUAUGGCAAUGGAUUUUAUUAGAAAUGCGUUGGAGGAGGUGGAUGCAGUCAUCCUUUUUACAGAUUUUUCUUUCAAACUCGCUGAAAAAGAAGUAAAGGAUAUGUUAUCCAAUUCUGGUUUUCUGAAAAGGUUUAAGGAAAAUCCCCGUGACUAUAAGCUCAUGCUUCUCACUUAUCCAGAAAAGAAUCUAAAUUUCCAGUUUGGAGAAAAUGACAGUACCAAGAUAAGAAAACUGGAACAAGAAGGGAUCAAGAAAAGAACAGAGGAACUGAACAUUAUGAAAAAAAUGUUUAAACCGGAUCUGCUGAAUCAGGAUGUGGAACAUAACAUCAUUACUAUGUACACAUUACCCGUGCUGUACACAUCAAUUCUUUCACAACAGGAAUUAGAACACAAGGUACUUACUAAAUAUGAAUAUUUUUUAAAAUAUACUGGAAUAUUCAGUCUCAUUGGUCACCUUGAUGAGUUUGUUGCAUCAAAACACAAAUCCAGCUUCAAAGAGGUGCAGACGAGGCUUUCUGACUUUCAACAAGAAAUAAAUGAAGGAAUGAGGGCUGAUGAUGCAAAAUCAAUAAUACUGUUGCUAAACAACAAUGAGUUCAAAGCCACGUACGAACAAGAAAUGUUUACAAAUCAUGAACGUUUGGCUGCUACCCUAAAGAAAGACAUUGAAUCGUUGUUCUUGCCUAUGUCUGUGAUAUCUAAAAAGAUAAAAGAGAUACUGGAAGUAACCUUACAACUUGCAAUGGCUCGGUGGAAAGUAGAUAAAAACAAAGUGACAUCCAUUUCACUUUACAACCCACAGUUUAGUGGCAGACAUCCCGCAUUCAAGGUUAGGUUAUUUUACACUUUUUUUGAAGACCUGGAAGAAAAAAAAACAGAACUAUCCCAUUUGAUUAAAGAUCAAAUAGAAGUCUGUCUUCAGAAAUAUAAGGAAAAAGCAAUUUCACAAUGCAGUCAAGACCUCAAUAGGUUGCUCAGCCAUCUGGACAGGAAUACUGUUUCAUCGGACUUUGUCAGAAAAAUCGUUAGCACUAAUCUGGAUAUUGCUCUGGGAUGGUAUGAAGGAAAAACAAAGCUUCCCUUCAAUAGGAAGAAAAUUGAAGAAAAUUUCCGAAUGAGCCAGCAGGAAAGUCUGAAAGACAUCAUAUUGAGGCCAAAUUUCAACAAUAAUACAGUGGCAAAUGCUAAAAUUCAGACUGAGAAAAAUUUAGAAGAUUGCAUAGAAAGUGUGGAAGAGUAUUUCAUCACAAAUCUGCAAAAACUGCAUGCGAACAGUUGGAAACGCCUCAAGAACAAACUUUUCAUGCCCAAUGGAUCUUAUAAGAUGUGGCAGCAAGUGAUACAGUCUAUAAAGACUCUAGCCAAAGACAGUGAAGGAGAUAACCACAGGGAACAAAUAGCCAAGUUGAAUAUCAUGGUAAUAUUUCCCAUUUUAAACUUUUAUUGCUAUACCAGUAAAUUGGUGCAGUAA